UGAGCUUCGUUCUUUAAAGCUGCGCUUCCCAAAUCUCACUCUUACUCCCUUUCUCUCUCUCUCUCUCUCUCUCUCUCUCUCUAACUAGCUUAAGCAAACCAAAAUUUGAGAUCCACUUGUUUCUGGGCCUCUAGUUCGUUUUUUACCGGCGAGAUUUGGCCGGAGAAUGGCAUAUAUGUGUGCGGACAGUGGCAAUCUCAUGGCGAUUGCUCAGCAAGUCAUCAAGCAAAAACAACAACAGGAAGAGCAACAACACCACCACCACCAUCAUCACCAGCAACAUCAACAGCAACUUGUGGGCCUCAAUCCACUCUCUCUAAAUCCAUGGACCACUUCUACUAGUACUACUACUCACCACACUCUGUCUGGUUCUCCAAAUUUGGGUUUUGGGCUUUCAGGACCCGCUUUCUCUGACCCGUUUCAAGUUACCGGAGGUCCAGACACGGGAGAACCCGGGUUUCCGUUUCCGAAUCUGGACCAGGACCAGACUGGGUUCAGGUUCCCUGAUUUUGGUGGUGGUGCGGGUGGCGAGUUCGACUCGGACGAGUGGAUGGAUAGCUUAAUGGGUGGUGGGGAUUCAACGGAUAGUUCUAAUCUCCCAUCAGGAUGUGACGCGUGGCAGAACAAUGCUGAUUUUGGAAUCUACGGUGCUGAUCCGUUCACCCCUUGCCCUAGUCGACUCAGUGUCCGUUGCUCUCCCCCGUCUGAUCUUAACCGAGUCAUCUUCUCCGAUUCUCAGAAGAGUCCCGGCCUUCCUCAAGUCCCAUCGUGGACCCCACCACCACCACAACCACAACAACCUCCGUCUCCGCCGGCAGUACCUAAAGACGCCAAGCCAGCUAACCUAGCACAACCAAGCCUACCCAAAAACGAAGUCGCUGGAGUCUCAUCUAGCUCACCUGAAAUCGAGUCCGCACCACCGCUCCUUAGAAAGCUUCUCGAUUGUGCUCGUUUAGCAGAAUCCGAACCCGAUCGAGCCGUGAAAACCCUGAUUGGACUCAGGAAAUCUGUUUCAGAACACGGAGAUCCAACUGAACGAGUGGGCUACUACUUCUCUGAAGCCCUAUAUAGCAGACUGUCAGUACAAGCAGAGAAAAGCUUGACCAUGGUUCAAACCACUUCCGAAGACUUCACGCUCUCUUACAAGGCUCUAAACGAUGCUUGCCCCUACUCAAAGUUUGCACACUUAACUGCGAACCAAGCGAUUCUCGAAGCCACAGCCACGGCAACGAAGAUUCACAUAGUGGAUUUCGGAAUCGUUCAAGGAGUUCAAUGGGCGGCACUUCUACAAGCUCUGGCGACCCGGUCCAACGGAAAGCCCAACAUGAUUCGGAUCUCGGGUAUACCCGCUCCAGCUUUAGGGACUUCUCCAGCUGCUUCGCUUUUCGCAACCGGAAAUCGUCUCCGCGAGUUCGCGAAUAUUCUCAAACUGAACUUUGAGUUCGAACCGGUCUUGACACCGAUUGAAGAACUCAACGAGUCGAGCUUCCGAGUCGAACCGGACGAGGUAUUGGCCGUGAAUUUCAUGCUUCAACUGUAUAACCUAUUAGACGAAACCCCAGUGGCCGUCGAAACGGCUCUCCGUUUGGCCAAGUCGUUGAAUCCAAAAAUCGUUACUUUAGGGGAGUACGAAGUGAGUUUAAACCGGGUCGGGUUUUUCAACCGGUGCAAGAACGCGUUGAGAUACUACUCGGCCGUGUUCGAAUCACUGGAGCCCAACUUGACCCGAGACUCGCCCGACAGGAUCGAGGUGGAGAGACUAUUGCUUGGUCGUCGAAUAGCUGGUGUGAUUGGACCAGAGGAACCGGAAACCAAGAGAGAGCGUAUGGAGGACAAGGAGCAGUGGAAGGUUUUGAUGGAAAGUUCCGGUUUUGAACCGGUGGCCCUCAGCAAUUACGCAGUGAGUCAAGCUAAGAUACUUUUGUGGAAUUACAAUUACAGUUCCGCGUAUUCUCUAAUUGAAUCGCCACCUGGGUUUCUAUCUCUAGCAUGGAAUGAUGUCCCACUUCUGAAUGUUUCUUCGUGGAGCUGAUGGAUUUGGCUUUUUGGCCUCAACUUGGUAAUUGGUUUCCACCAGUUCUUUUUUCUCUGUUGUGGAACAAAAUUUUAGUAUCUAUACACGCCUCUACGUUUGACGACCGGACUAUGGAACUUACUCAUGGUUUUUAGUUGAAAGUUACAGUUAGUGUUCAUUGCAAUCUAGCAUUAAAUACUGCAUUCUAAACCCUGUUGAAAAUUGUUUGUUGCUUUUGCAGUUUGUGCUUAGUUUUUUUGACUUAUCAACGUUAUUAAUGUGGUUUCUGUAUUUUUUUUUUUUUUUUUUUUUGGGGGGGUUUUGUAACUUGUUUGGUACUUUUGAGUAUGGAAAUUGUAAAAAAGGGGGGGAAUUGGAAAAUCAAGGGGGGAAAUGAAAAUUGCAUCUUUCCCUUGGUGUCAGUAUUUCUAUAUGUAAAGUUUGAAUCCUAGAUAUGAUUUUAGUUGAA